AUGCUUUCACGGCUUCUCACCAUUCUCAAUCCCAACGCAUUGUCAAGCUCUCAGAACAUGGCGCCUCACAAACCCACAAGUAGGAUGCCCGGCGAGUUUCAGCCGACCCUCAACCGAAGCUACCGAAACACCAAAUACGCCAGCGCCAGCUCGAGCGAGAGAAGGAUCGUGGUGGCAAAGGUCAUGUAUGGCAUGAGAGACACGUCUACGUCAAGAAAGGCUGCUAACAUGAUCAGAUUUGUCGUCAAGUUCCCUGCUUCUCCUUCCAACACAAAUGCAACCGGCCGACUGGGCCUCGCAACAACACACGACGAAGAUUUCCAAUCAGAGCAGAAGCGGCGCAUGGAAGUGCGCAUGCCCUCGAAGCAAGAGUUGACGACCAGCGAGCUUCUGUCCCAACCUCAGUCCAUGACACAGAAACGCUUUGAAGCUUCCCUCUCUGCUUUGCAGGCUGAGGAGAUCCGGGAGAAAAUGUCCAGAGAGCGCGAGAUUCUGGCUGCAGAUAUUCGCCGCAUUGGCCACGCCACGUGCUCCACGCCAGACGACGACACUGUACAUGAGGAUCUGGACGGUCAAGAUAGGAAAUAUCAAGACACGUUGGACUUGUAUGCAUGA